CGUGACUCCGAUGAGGUCUGUCGGACAACGUAUAUAUAGCUUGAUAAAGCCCUCACUCAUGCCAGCCUUCCGUGUGCAAAUCCACGGCCGCUUCCACCACGCCAGUGGUACUCGCCCAUCAUGAAGUUCCUCGUCACGAUAGUGACCCUCCUCUUCUCUUUGGUCUCUGCGCAGACUGUGCCUGAUGUCAGCAGCCUUGCUGUACAAAAGCAUCUCCGCUCCCGAUCUGCAUUGAUCGCGUUCGAGAAGAGGCAGCGACAAGAUCACUUUUUCCGUCAAAAUCUCUCCUCUGUAGCCCAAAAAGCGGACGCCAUCGUGGCAGCUAUUCGCCAGGAGGAAAUCGACGAGUACUGGAGAGUCCCUGGAACCCCGGAGAAGAAUGAUACCGAUGAAAGGUUCGCCGGUGAGGUCUUCCCGAAAGCCCGGCCGUUGAUCAAUGGAACCAAGCUCUGGGACGUGGUCAAGCACAUGCCAAAGGGUGCUCUUUUACAUGCGCAUUUGCCGGCCAUGCUUCCCUAUGAUACCAUUCUGGAGACCAUCCUUCACACGGAGGGUAUGGUCAUCUCCGCCUCUCAGGAUUUAUCCACCGAGGAUAACCGCAAGAAUGCCUCCAUCUCGUUUGCCCAUGUCAACCAUACCCUCCCGACCAAUGUAUCGUCGGUCCAUUCUAAGGAUUAUAUCCCUAACACGCAAAUUCCCGUGACUGUGGCUGCCAAAACUUUCCCGGGUGGUGAACAGGGAUUCAUCGACUUCGUCAAUACCAAAGUGACCAUCUCCCCUGAGCUGUCUGUACGUCACGAAUUGGGAGUCGAUGAGAUCUGGCGUGUCUUCCAGGCCGCCUUUGGUCCCGCAGACACCAUGCUGUCGUACGAGCCCAUUGUCCGGACGUUCUACAAGAAGCUCUUUUCGCGCCUGGCCGAAGACCACAUCAACUGGGUAGAAAUUCGUGCUGGAGGGUCGAGCGGCAAGCUGGUCCAUGAGGGCCAGGAGGACCCUGAUCCGGAUCUGGACAUUUGGUGGAACGUUCUGCUGGAGGAGCUGGAGAAGUUUCAGAAAACUCCGGAGGGCGCACACUUCUGGGGAGCGAGGGUCAUCUGGUCUGACAGCCGAGGCAAGAACCGUGCCUCGCUGACCAAGAGCAUGAAAAUUGCUCUUGAGCGGAAGCGCAGACACCCUCAGCUCUUUUCAGGCUACGAUGUUGUGGCUCAGGAAGACUUAGGCCGUCCGCUCGCCGAUAUGGCACCCGAAUUGAUCUGGUUCCAGCAACAGGCCGAGGAGUCGAACCUCACUAUCCCUUUCUUUUUCCAUGCGGGUGAGACCCUCGGCGAUGGAAAUUCGACCGACCUCAACUUGUUCGAUGCGGUUCUGUUCGGCACACGCCGUAUCGGACACGGGUUCUCCCUGUACAAGCACCCGAGGCUGAUUGAUGAGGUGAUCGAGAACGGGAUCAUGGUUGAAGUUUGCCCUAUCUCGAAUGAAGUCCUGCGUCUAGCCACCGAUGCCCUUCACCAUCCCCUCCCGGCAAUGAUUGCCCACGGUAUUCCGACAGCCAUCAGCAACGACGAUCCGGCGAUCCUUGGUCAGAACGCAGCUGGUCUGAGCUACGACUUCUAUCAGACAAUUCAAGCCUUCGAUAAUAUUGGUCUUGCUGGCCUGGGAGCGCUCGCGCAGAACAGUAUCCGAUGGAGCAACUUUGAAGAUCAGAACGACGUUGAGUGGGUUCGUGAUAUUGACUUGGGUGAGAAUGGCGACGGCAUUAAGGCCCAGCGCUUGCAGGAGUGGAAGGAGAAGUGGGAGGCCUUCUGUGAGUGGGUUGUGAAGGAGUAUGGGGACCGUUACGCCACGGAGGAAAUCUGAUGCCUGUAAUUGGGCCAGUGAAUGCUAGACUGAUAUCUCAUCUUUCCAUGGCAUUGCCUUAUAUUAGCUAUUUCACACCAAAUGUAAGGAAGUCGAACUUGGUUAUGGUCUAUGGUAGAUUACAGAAUAAGCUCACAGUGAUCGAAGAGCGACCUGAGCCAACUCUGAUGCAGAUGCUUGAGUACUUACGACUGGGUCGACCAUCAGUCAUCAAAAUACCUGUCACCGCAUGUCAUUGAUCCAUUAUUGCCUGUUGGCAGUAUUCCCGUGUAGUAUAACCAAGUUCCCCGUGUCCCAUCACCUUUUGCAACGCAGAGUUCAGCGAGGGUAUGUUCUCAGCUUAGGGCACCAAUUUCCAAAAUGAGCCCAACGACGUGCAUCCUGCCCUGACAUAUGCAUCAUCUGUUCUGCACAGGCGAGGGCUGCUUCGAAGUCAAGACUAUUGGUCGUUUUGUGGUUAUAUUGUACUGUACAGUAAUUCGGCCAUAGAAGCACUGUUUCCGUCUGUUCUCUCUGAAUCGCCCUCAAUGCUGUUUUCCCCUAGAGAGGGCUCGAUAUUCU